AUCUCUGCUUCCACAUCUCUCACCCUCACCCAUCUCCCCUCCGCGAGCCAUCCAAUUCGCGUCCGACAUACGUCGACUUGCCAACGGAAAGCAGAGCAUCACGAAGCCGACCAUGUCGUUCCGCCCGGGAUCCCGCAUCUUCAACGCUUUCCGCCCGUACUUCGCCCAGCCGCUGCUCCGUCGCCGCGUAGGAACCUCUGCUGCGCCCGAGCAGACCGGCUUCGCGAAGCUAUGGAACAGCCCUGUCGGUCCUAAGACGGUGCACUUCUGGUACGUACAUUUGUCUCGUUUCCUCGUCUUGUCGCAUCUUUCUCUGAGAUUUGCUCGAAAACGGAUCCCCACGCGACAAUUGAUAAUACGAGCUUCCCCAGAGCGAUUCCGCACAUUGGCACCCAUCAUGAAAUGGGGUCUCGUCAUCGCCGGCGCAUCGGACUUCGCACGACCUGCUGAGCAGCUUUCGCUGACACAGAACGCGGCCCUCAUGUCCACAGGCGCCAUUUGGACCCGCUGGUGCUUCAUCAUCCGUCCACAAAACAUGUUCCUUGCCGCCGUCAACUUCUUCCUCUUCAUGGUCGGCGCUACCCAAGUCGGCAGGAUAUUGUCGUACCAGCGAAGCGUGAAGGCUACCGAGGGCCAGGUCAAGAGCGAGGGCAAGGAGCUUGAGGGCGAGCUGAAGGAGGUUGCUCAGAAGGCGGAGAAGGUUGUCAAAUCUUGAACUAGCGAUAAGACGAAUCGGAGUUGAGAAUAUGCGCAAUCUGUGGGGGUAAGACAAGUCAAUCGGCUUCGGGCAUG